CCAAGCGAUCGGCAGUGCCUUAUUACGACUUCCACGAUAAUGAUCUCAUACGGUUUGGUUUGUGUUUGUUUAACUGUUCGACUCGUGAUCAUUCUUGGACAACGAACAGCAGCUUUGAAAUGCCAAGAAUAUCGCGCCCAAACGGUCACCCGCACGGGAAUAAUUCCGCUAAUUUCGCGACCCGUUCCAGUCUACCAGGAUGGGUUUGAUUGCGUCGGCAGUACGGUGGACGUGAUUACCGGUGGGACGGAAGCAGACGAGGGAGAGUUUCCUCACCAAGCGUUGCUGGGAUGGCCGGCCUCGGCGGUUUUGAGUCGUAGACUGGACGACGAAUUUGAGUUUCUCUGUGGAGGAACACUCGUCAGUGAUCGGUUCGUGCUGACCGCCGGGCACUGUACUUAUGAUAGUGAAAGAGGCUACCCAGUGAUAGUGAGACUGGGCGAGCACAACUUGGACAACGACUUGGAUCACCAGAUAGACUUUGACAUUCGGGAGAUUGUGAAGCAUCCGAGCUAUAGAGCUAACAGUGCGUACCACGACAUUGCUUUAAUUGAGCUAAAACGGGCGGUGAGAUUCUCCAGGUAUAUCAGACCGGCCUGUCUUUGGACAUCGAACUCGUUGAACUAUACGAUGGCGAUCGCUACCGGGUACGGCCAGCUGGGAUUCAUGGAGUCCCGUUCGCGCAAGCUAACAAAGGUCACGCUGAAAUUUUUCACCGGCAAACAGUGCGGCAAGAUGUUUCCGAGCAGCCGAAAGAUGCGCAACGGCGUCAUCGGUGAGCAACUUUGUGCGGGCAGCAGCGACGGUCGCGACACCUGCCAGGGUGAUUCCGGUGGACCGUUGCAGGUGAAAAUCGAGGAACGCGGUUGCAUGUACCACGUGGUGGGAAUCACCUCGCGGGGUAACGACGCCUGUGGUCUGGGGCAAGCAUUGGCAAUCUACACCAAAGUGUCCUCGUACGUAAACUGGAUCGAACGGGUCGUUUGGAACGCGGAUGAAUGGAUUUGGUACUGAGUAAUUGGCGCAAAACUCACCUGUCGC